AUUGGUUAAGACUUAGUAAGUAGUAUCAUCGGAGAUAAAUCUAUCUAGUUUACUAACAGCAGAACAAUGGCUUCUGGAGGCGAGCACACUCACGAACAUGCACAUGAUCAUCAUCAUGAUCAUGACCAUCAUCACGACCAUGACCAUGACCAUGACCAUAAUCAUGGAGGUGGAGAUGCAAGUAGCAUGUCAUGGGUAGGUGCUGAUGGGAAGGUGUACCACAGCCACGAUGGUCUAGCACCGCAUUCACACGAACCAAUUUACUCUCCAGGUUUCUUCAGCAGAAGAGCUCAACCACUUAUCAACAGAGAUUUCAAUGAAAGAGCUUUCACUGUUGGAAUUGGUGGUCCUGUUGGUACUGGCAAAACCGCUUUGAUGUUAUCGCUUUGUCAAAAUUUAAGAAAUCAUUACAGUCUCGCUGCAGUGACAAAUGAUAUAUUUACUAAAGAAGAUGGUGAGUUUUUGGUGAAACACAAAGCACUUCCAGAGGAAAGGAUACGUGCUGUUGAAACUGGUGGUUGUCCACAUGCUGCAAUUCGUGAGGAUAUUAGUAUUAAUCUUGGACCUCUUGAGGAGCUUUCCAAUCUUUACAAAGCUGAUUUACUUCUUUGUGAAUCUGGAGGAGAUAACCUGGCUGCCAAUUUCAGCAGGGAACUGGCUGAUUAUAUUAUUUACAUAAUAGAUGUAUCUGGGGGUGAUAAAAUUCCUAGGAAAGGUGGUCCUGGAAUCACACAAGCCGAUCUCCUUGUGAUAAACAAGACUGACCUUGCACAAGCAAUUGGGGCUGACUUGGCUGUCAUGGAGCGAGAUGCUCUUAGGAUGAGAGAUGGAGGGCCAUUUGUAUUUGCUCAGGUGAAGCACAACAUUGGGGUAGAAGAAAUUGUGAAUCAUGUCUUACAGGCAUGGGAAGCAGCUACAGGGAAGAAACGGCGUUGACAUUUAUUUGAAAAAUGGUGUUGUUGUCUUUUCAUUCAUGUUAAGUAACUAUAUUUUGAAGCAUGUAACCUUGGAGCUAAUCAUUAUGUAUGAGUCACAUGCCUAUCUGCUACAGCUACUGGUUGUUCUGUAUUAAUACGCAAAUUCACACAUCCAUCAAUGUGUAUGAGUCACAUGUUUAUCUACUAUGGCUAUGGCUACCAUGUUGAAUAACUCUUUUCAUUAGCAUAUGAGAUUAUUUUUAUUACAUAA